CCGUUCCUUCUCAUUUUCGUAGACUUCUUUUUUUCCCCGUCCCUGUACUAGUGUAAUGACGCCUAGCUGUUUGAUGAAGACGAUACGUUUUUGCAAGAGGAGGAAUCUCCGUGCGGCAUUCUGUGACAUCAGAAGCAGACACAUGCGCUUCCUCUUGGUGCGCGUAUUCCUCUUCUCGUUUUUCCUGAUCUUAGCUGCCAUGCUCCGCAGCUACAGUCCCUUCGAGGGACUGUCCCGCAGAUUCUCGUCGUUGGCUGUGAUUUCGAAUUCCGAUGCGCACGUGGUUGGGCGCCUUCUGCAGGCGCCCACAUCGGCAGCCUCGCCAUCUCUUCCGGUGGUAUCCCCGUACGAAGGCGAAUGGGGACUUGAACCGGGAUUCUUGAUCAACAGCUCGGUACAGGUCGUUGCUUCACAUCCAUCCCCGGCAGAGGAUUGUAAGUCUGUAAUCGCGAACCUGGUGGUUUCGCCUCAGAAAGGGCUGUGCAACGUCCUCGAGCAGACCUGCUCAAACGGCAGCUCAAACAGCAGCGUUACGUCGAUCAGAAAAUCCAACUUAUCGAGGGCAACCCAGGGACCGGACUUGGCGGAUGACGAAUCAACAUUAUUAACCUACUUGUGGUCUUACGAAGAGCGGAACGGGUCGAGAAUUGCAGAACGACCGGAUUCGACGGCUUCCGUGAUGGGGAUGGCCCUUUCUAAAGAUCGUUCAAAUCUCAUCUUGAGCAUAUACUACUCUUCCCCCGACCUUUCCGAAGAUUCUGACGCUUCCGACCCCUUCAAUGGCACCAUCACGUCCUUGUCUGUUUCUGACUCCUCCCGUCUUUCUUCCUCCGCGUUUUCCUUUGGGUUUAUUAACAAAAUCUGUUUGGACCCUUCCGGGCCUUCCGGGGAGCGUCUGGUUUAUAAUAGGCUCUCUGACGGUGGACUCGAAUAUGUUCGUGUCGAUAGCUCGGGACUUCCGUUGGAUGUACCAUUAGAAUUAGACAGCGAUUCGAAAUCUAUAGACAGGGAUUUGGAGUCCCCGUUUAGAUUCAUAAAUGGAAGUUACAGUGGUGAGGCCAUAUUCCAAUCUCAAAGCUUUGUGAACAAUUGCCUUUAUUUUUUGCAGACAAAUGGGAUGCAGCUGUCCGGGUUUCACCCGUUCAUCGAGGGGAGCCGACCCAUAGCGGUAUCCUACUAUCCUGGCCCACCAAAACGUUGGGAUGAUGUUGUCGUCACUCGAGACGGGUGUCACCUCUUUUUCACCGUAUGGGAUACUCUGUUUAGCAUGGACAUCCGCACACAAUGCUAUCAGCUAGUAGAUAAAUUCUUUAGAGAGAUGGAGUACCCAUCGGGUACGUUUGCGGGAUUGGCAUUGAUGGAGAAUGAAGUGGGGGAGGACGCAUACUUGUACUUGGGCUCUGAGGAUGGGAAACUUUUUGAAGUGCAGUUGAACAGGUCGGGCAGAGGCUGUGUAUUAGAAGCGGAACCUGCCGUAGAAUCAAAACAAAGCAAUCCCACUGUUCUGGUAACGGCUGUGGUGGCUGGCACAGCGGUCGCCAUCGUAAUCAUUGCCAGCUUGAUUUGCAUAUGGCGGAGAGCGCGCCGCCGACCAGCUGGUCCGGAACGUGCCCUGGAAGUCGGUGAGCAAGCGACUUCAUCUUUACCAGAAGAUGAGGCGUUGGACGCGUGGGGAAUUAAGCCGUCGCGGGUCAAGCAGUUCGCUUUCAGAGUCCUGUCAGAAUGUACGGACAAAUUCAGCGAGGAUCGAAGAAUUGGGGAGAAGGGAGCGCUCGGGAAGGUUUACAGGGGCUCUGUGGACGGCAAGGAGGUCGCGGUAAAGGUGAUGACGGGCGAGCUAACGGACAUCAAACGGAGCCAGUUUGUGGCCGAAGUGAACACGCUCUGCCGGCUCAAUCAUGCUAAUCUCGUACAACUAGUCGGGUACUGCCUCGCGGGCGAUCACUGCAUCUUGGUGUACCCGUUCUUCAGAGGAGGCAGCCUGCACGGGCGGCUGUUCCCCAAGGCCAUCACUGGGAAGGAUGCAAAAGCGCCGGACGCGGACCAAAUUGUCGAGGAUCCAUCCCCUCCGCUGACGCUUCUGGAGCGCAUGAGCAUCGCCUUCCAGGUUGCCAAGGGGCUCGGCUACCUUCACGACGCCGCCAGGCGCCCGAUCAUCCAUCGGGACGUCAAGAGCAGCAACAUUCUGCUCGGCGAGGGAUCUGGCAAGAAGCUUCACGUCGUCGUAGCGGAUUUCGGAUUAGCAGCCAUCGGCGAGAGGGUGUUAGACACAGGACAUGACCACGUCGUGAUGACCUCUCACAUCGGCGGCACUUUCGGGCAUAUGUCGCCCGAGUACAUGCUAAGAGGAGAGCUGUCCGAAAAGAACGAUGUGUACUCUUACGGGGUACUCGUUCUGGAGCUGUUGACGGGCAGGAAGGUGGUCGGGCCGGCUCCUUCCGGGUUCGGAUGGCAGACUCUCGUCGAGUGGGUGAAGCCUUUCCUUCGAGGGGCAGUCGUCCAGAACGGGAGCAUGGAGAUGCCGUACCCGAUACUCGAUCGGUGCUUGUGGGAUCAGGUGGCUGAGGAGUCCAUGAAGAAGAUGGUGAUGAGCGCAUUCGGACUGGCUUGGGAAUGCGUGGAAGAGGAGUAUGGGUCCAGACCAGCCAUGAGAGAAAUCAUUGAGCGCAUUCACAGUAUGUUCCUGGAAGUGGGUUGGGAUGGCCUGACGGUGAUGAUGGUGGACCUAGAAAACGUUGUGGAUGACGAUGCGGUAACCGCUACAGUAGGUCUCAAGGAAUGAUGAAGAUCAAUAGCUAGUACAAUAUCUCCGCUCAACAGUCCAACAAAUUACUCCUGAGCUU